AAAAAAAAUAAAAUAAAAUUUCAAGAAUAAAAGCUAGUUUUGCCAAUUAUUAAGCGCAAAUGACUAGAAAUGGGGUUCAUCAAUGAUUUGAGGAAAGACUUCUACGACGUUAUUGAUCAUCAGCGCGUGUUGAUAUUAGUCGGGUUUGAUGUUGAUGCAUUAGCAGCGUGUAAGAUUCUACUUCAUCUAUUCCAAUGUGACCAUGUACCAUACACAGUUGUUCCUGUGUCAGGACGGGAAGAUCUGGAGAGUGCAUACCAGGAGAAUUCCGAAGGGGUGAAAUAUGUUGUUAUGUUAAAUUGUGGUGGAAACUUUGAUGUCAUUGAGCUACUUCAACCUGAAGACAAAGUCCUCUUUUAUAUCUGUGACAGCCACAGGCCUAUUGAUGUAUUUAAUGCAUAUAAUGCAGUACAAGUGAAGAUGUUAGUGGAAGAAAGGGAAGCUGGGGACGAUCUACCAGAAUAUGACCAGGUUUUUCGCGAUGAUGAGUCGGACGAAGAUGACUCUGGAAAUGAAAGUGAAGGUUCCGAACCAUCAGGAAAAAAACGAAGAUUUAAUCCUGAGGCCUUAGAAAAACGACGUAAUCGGAGGCUCUGGGAAGAAAAAAGAACAAAUAUUUUAUUUGAAUAUGAACAAUAUUCAAAAUAUGGAAAGUCUGCUGCACUUACAAUGUACCAAAUGGCUUGGAAAAUGUCAAAAGACACUAAUGAUCUUUUAUGGUUAGCAAUCCUAGGAGUUACUGACCAGUUUAUAAACUUUAAAGUUGACAGAGAUGUUUACAUGAGUUAUAUAGAUGAACUUCAGCACCAUGUGUCCAGGCACAAUCACAGAGGAGAUGAUGUUGAGAGUACAAUAUCAGUAAACUGUCUGAGGAUCACAUAUGAGGAGGAGCUACAGUUGACGCUUUACAGACAUUGGUCGUUAUUUGAGAGUCUCUGUCACUCACCAUAUCUGGCGUGCAAGUUCCGUGUCUGGACUAUGAAAGGACGCAAAAAGUUACAUGAGUUUUUAGCAGAUAUGGGACUACCAUUAGUGCAAUGUCAACAAAAGUGGACUGCUAUGGAUGUCAACUUCAAGGAUGAAAUCAGCUCUAUGAUCCUAGAUAAAAUGGAAAAAUAUGGGUUUGACAAACAGUAUGUUUUCCUACCUUCAUUCCAUGCGUCAUAUGGUUACAAGAAUAAAGUGUGUGCCACAGAUGUUGUCCUGGCCUGUUCCUCAGUCUUAGAGUCUAUUGACAGGGAUGCUAGUAUGACAGACAGUUUCCUCAGUGCUCUAGAUGUUCUAACCAGAGCAAACGUUGAAGCUAAAGAGAAAUGCCUGGGAUUGGCUAAGAUGCAGACUAAAGCAAUCGUUUCACAAGUUCAGUCAUUUCUUGAUAUGAACCAGAUAGUCUCUGCGGGACCUUUCCUGUAUGCCUUCAUACAGCCAGGAACACUUGAUGUGAAGUUCUUCUCCAAGGCGAUAUGUUUGCAACGCCUGGCACAUUAUACAUUAGAAGCAUAUGCGUCUGUUUGUAAAAGCAAGAAGAACCGAGCGCUACCUCUUGUGUUGGGGGCUCCCUUGGAUGCUGAACUUGGCACAACCAUCAUCAUAGGUAUUCCUCCAAUAUUGGAUGAAAGUAGGCGCAGCUUCUUUGGCAAGGCAUUUGAGCAAGCGGGUGAAAUGACAAACUCGCGGAUGUUACUUGACAGCUUUGACUCUCACAUUAUACAAAUCAAGUCUGAAGAUAAGAGCAAAUUCUUUGAUGCUCUGAUAGGUGUUCUUCAAUGA